UCAAUUGACUAAAUGUGAAUAAUUUCUCUUAAAAGUGGACCAGAAAUGGUUGAACCAAAUUAUGAGUUCAGUUCUUGUGUCACAUAGUCUCCAAAUCAAAAACAAAGAAGCACUGCUAUUAAUCCAUUUUAUAUAAAGUUUUAAUAACCAAAGUCUAAGGCCUUGAGCCACGGUGUUACAGUGUCUUCCCUUCGUUUAGUGAGGCUCGAGUCUCAGAACGAUGUCUAUCAGGAUAUAAGAUGACUUUUUGUCUUGGAUAAGGAGAAAUUAUAAUCUCAAUGUCCUGACGAAGCACUACAGAAUCUGUUAGGAUCUGACGACACGGAAUCGAAGUUAACUUAGAAUAAAUUUCCAGUUGGUCACGUGAUGAUGGCCAGUAUGGGGAUGCAGACGACCAGAUUCCACAGCAUCGAGGCCAUCCUGGGUCUGUCCGCGCAGACAAACGGUAACUACCAGCACUCCGGGACGUCAGCAAGCGUCAACCAUCGAACGACAUCUCCGUCCAGCAGUCUGAACAGAUUGCAAGACAAGGGCGACAAAAAUCGAGGGGCAGCAAGUCUAACACAUAUUUCUGAGAAAGGACACAACUCUAUGAGAUUCCCCAAAGAAAGUCGAUCCAAGCAGCUACAUCAAGGGAAGCACCACGGGCACCACAGUCAUGCUAGCAGCCAUCUCCACGGCCUUGUUCAUCGCCCGCCUUCACCAGACGAGGACCUCGGUGACUUCCAGGACGAGGAAGACAGCGAUCUGAGCGGCGACAAGGGAAAGUGCAAGAAGAAGCAUCGCCGCAACCGGACGACCUUCACCACCUACCAGCUUCACGAGCUGGAGAGGGCGUUUGAGUGCUCACAUUACCCGGAUGUAUACAGCCGAGAGGAGUUGGCCAAUAAAAUAAAUCUCCCGGAAGUGAGAGUGCAGGUUUGGUUUCAAAACAGGCGCGCGAAAUGGCGGAGGCAGGAGAAGAUAGAAUACGGCAAACUUCCGGACAGCAUCGCCGUUCCCACCAUGCCUAGCAUUUCAACGUCUAUUGCUCUAGGCUCUACGUCACUUCCUCUUGAUCCUUGGCUGACUCCGCCCAUCGUCAGCAUGGCAACAGACAUUUCCUCGUCGCCUCUGACGUCAUACUCGUCAUCCGCACUCGGCUCGUCGAGCUCCCUCCCUUUUCCGGACUACCUCUCAUCCGCCAUGACAACGCACUGCGGUAACCUGACGUCGCAGCUGCACGGACUGUCCGGCAUGUUCAGCCCGAUGCAUAGCAAGAGACCCAGGGCGCCGGAGUUGAUGUGCGGCUUUGUGGACAAGAGCUCCAGCAUCAACUCCUUGCGAGUCAGAGCGCGCGAACACAUUGAGACCCUGGAGAGAAAGCUGGAUGAUAGCUACGUAUGAUAGAAUACUGUGCUCAGUCAAUGCUAGACCACUUUAUGAGCUCUGCUGUGACCUAUCUCAUGAGAGACAUAACCACUGUAAUCAAAAUUAUGAAGAAUAUUUCUUAGUGCAUAGAAUUCUUCAGAGUUGUAUAGGUCAGUGUUUCCCAAGCUGUGUUCUGAGAAACUCUGUUGUUCCGUGAUGCCUGAAUAGGUGUUCCACAAACUACUGGAAUAAUUAAAUAGUGAAUAAAUUAAAUUAAUUAAAUACGUGAAUUAAUCUCUCUUAACAAAAAUGAGCAAAGUGUUCUGCUAACUACUCGGAAUGAGCGAAAUGUUCUGUUAAGGAAAAAGUUUGGGAACCACUGGUAUAGGUAAAGGAAGAUGAAUAGGACAUUUUAAAGAUAACGUUUAAAAUAAUGAAAUACUUGACAGGUUGUUUUUAUCUACGUACCACCAAUCGUAAGUUACAUUCUAGAGGAAAGAAAAGUAGAACAGUUCAGUAACUUGUAUAAUGGCACACUAGGAAAUCCUGAAAUUUUUCUGCAGUGCUAAAAACAGCUGCGUUUCACUUCUGUCCCAAAGACAGCGAGGUCUCUAAGAGGAACUUCACUUUUUUAUGUUGUUAUAAACUAUUUAGCUCAGCCUUAUAACAGAAGAGUACAGAGAGAGAGAGAGAGAGAGAGGUGUUCUCUAUUAUUUCCUUAUUGCCCCAAACAGUGGAAAACACCAAAGAGCUUGUUACUCUCAGACUCGGUCAGUCCAUACAAACACUUCACUGAUUAUGUUUGCCUUCCAUCAGUUAUGCCUGAUGACAAAAUACGAUGCUGUGACAGAAUCAAACGCUCUUUAGGGCCUCGUUCUGUACAGACCAUUUUUAAGUCUAGCAUGAAGUAUCUCGGAGAUAGAUAGUAACUGGGGUGUGAAUUUGCGUGAACUGGUCUACGACUUGUGUCUCCAGCUUCAUUGUCACACGAUCAAGUCACUGUCAAGUCAAUGUUAUACGGUAAUUUUAAUGUCGCACGGUCACGUCACUAUCAAACAAUCAAGUAGCUGUCACACGGUCAAGUCACUGCCAGGAAGUCAGGUCACUGUGACACAGUCAGUUCACUGUCACAGGGUCAGUUCAAUGUCACACAGUCAAGUACCACGUAUCAACAAUUUAUCGUUAUGUGCACCAAUUUGAUUUUCCAACACAAAAACAACAAAACUCUAAAGACAUCGUGGACUGUUAUUGAAAACUAACUACAAUGUAUUAAAACACGUUUGUACUUCAAUCUGUUCCAUUCUACAUGUUUCGUAUUCAAAUAUGGAAUACAAUAUUUGCUUCUU